GAUUAUUUGAAUAAAAUGGAGUCUAUGGGAGAUGGCCUUUCUGUAAUUCAAAGCUUUCUGGAUAGCCGAUCCCAUACCUGUAGUAAAUUGCUUUCUUCUAUGCAUGGGACAAGAUUUAUUCCCUUGCUGUAAGUUUUUUGGAGACCUGAUAAAUAACCCAUGGCAGCACGCUUGCAUUUGCCUGCAUUCCUUUCUUAAAUGUUGCUGGAGUUGUGUGUGUCCAAUGUGCAGGGCUGGGGUCAUUAAAUGCCACAUCUGCUCUCUAACACCUGUGUGGCAGUUGGCUGGAGUUACUAGCAAGUUCCUGUUCUAGGUGGGAAGAAAAGAAGGGUCUGACACAGCAGCUACAAUACAUCACCUAUGUGCCUUUUGUUCUGCCCGUGUCACAGGCAGUGUGGCCCUCGGAGCUGCUGAUCUGCUGGAAACACACGGAACACCUCACUUUAUAGGUUAGAACACUGUGGAUCCCACAUCCCAUGACCUGUACAGUGAAAAUGCUGAGAAUCAGGGGCAGUUUAGCACUGGAUCCCAGAGGAAGAAGAUAUGGGGGGUGGAUAUGACCUUGAGCUCUUCACCAAGACUCCUGACGAUGACCUACUUUGCUCCAUCUGCCAUGGGGUGAUGAGGUGCCCUGUCAUGAUAUCCUGCGGCCAUAUCUUUUGCCGGAACUGUAUAAUGCAGUGGCUGAAGAGGCAACGCACAUGCCCCUGCUGCAGGACGGAAGUCAGGGGCAAACUCUACGUCCUGAUGCACAAGCUGAAGAGGAAGAUCAACCGGCUGGAUGUGAAGUGUCCCAAUGAGCAAAAUGGCUGUCCUGCACAUUUUGCCCUUUUCCAUUGCCAGGAGCAUUCAGAAUACUGUGCCUUUGGGGCAGUACCUUGUUCUAAUGAAGGCUGCCCUGCCGAGGUGUUACGCAAGGACCUGUACGACCACAGCCAUAACUGCCGCUUUUGGAGACAAAACUGCCAUAUGGGCUGUGGAACCCUUCUUGACCCAGAAAACCGUGAGACCCACAACUGCUAUCAGGACCUGAAGGAGGACUACGCCAGGCAACUCCACAAGCUACAGCAGAAGGCCCACUGCAUGGAGACCAUUUGUUGCCAGAUCAGCCGCCAGUUACAGAUGAUGAAUGACAGUCUGGAAACUGCACAACCAGCUGCUGACAUGGGCGAAACAGAAUAAAAUACAGACAAGACUAUUCUUAGGGGGGGGGGCAAGGGCCAAAAUAAGAAGCGUUUUGAUUGGUUUGUAGGUGAACUUGUGACCGUUUUUUUUUUUUUUGACUUGGGGUAUCAUUUAUUUAUUAAUUGUGAGGGUGCUGCCUUUAGUUUUGAUAUGAAAUAAAUACUGUAUUUCUGCA